GAUCCAUCUGUCGACGCUUUCAAAAGAAAGUCGGAUCAACUCAGAGACCACCAUUGCCAGGACUAACAUAGGCCAUCGAGCCUCCUGUCCUUCCAAAACUGAAACUGAUAACAAAUUUUCCUUUUUUGUUUUUCCUAGCAUAGAUUAAAUCAUCUCUGCAAUGCCUGAUAUGUGGUUUUCACGCAUAUGAAUAUUUUUUUAAAUAUAAAAGUGGAUUUAAAAAAACGGUCAGUUCACUAUAUUUUUUUGGAUUAUAGGUAACAUUUACAAGUAUGUCGCUACUGUUGUGUGACCUAGAUGGCUGGAACCUGAAAUGAAUUUCCAGGAACUUAAGAAGAGGCGUUGUAUGGGAAAACGGAACUUAAUAUUUACUCAAAAGAUUUGUCAACUUACGAAAGAUACACCCCUGUCUCAUUAUCAUAAUCGAUUGUUGUAUGAGUUCUCCAGAAUUAAAGAAUGUGAAGUACUCAAAAAACCUCCAUGUUGCCGUACAGUAUGCUUGAGUUGCUUCCAUGCGCACAGCACUACUGAAAAAGCUAUUCGAAUUAAAAAGAGAGUUGCUCGUCGUCGCUCAUCACUUCAAAUUGAUCAAGUAUUUAUCUGCAAACUGUGUGGUGCGAAAGAAGUGUCUCGUGGAUUUGUACCUAAAGAAUACAAGUGCCCAAUGAAGAAAAGUACUUCACAAGAAACAUCUGUCACAGAAACAAAGAAAAAAACAAAGAAAAAGAAAAAGUCUAAAAUGAAUAUUUUCAAGACAGAAACCGCUCAUACGACGACAAUGCCUAUCAAAACUAAGCCAGUGUCAUCUGUUAAUACAUUUACAACAUUUAUGUCAUCUUUAUGCUAAUUUAUGUAUGUACAGAAUCUUUUUACGAAAGUACAACUUUCCAUAUACAGUUCCAGUUGAUUUUACUCUUUUUUAAAGAUAUCAGUGGAUUUUAACUAUUAAUUUAGUUCGUAUUUUUUGUUGCUUCAGUAAUUUUUAUGACUAGUAAAAGUGAAAUUAGACAAAGAAUGCGAAGAAUUCUGAGACAAAUAUUACCAUCGGUACACAUGAAGAAAUCAGAAUACCUCUUAAAGCAGUUUCUAAGUAGUCCUGAAUAUUGUGCUUCGCGAAGACUAGCUGUUUAUAUUAGCCUCCCUGAAGAACCCAACACAAUACCAGUAAUUGAAAAAGCACUUCUUGAUGGAAAGAGUAUAUUUGUCCCACAAAUUAUGUUUUCUGCGUCAGACGAUUUUCCUCCUAUGUGUAUGCGUCAUGUUAAAUCACUGAAAGAGAUUGAAUCCUGGAGGUCUAAUAAAUGGGGGAUUAAAGAACCUGAACCAGUUUCAUAUGUGGAACAGCUGGACGAAAUUACAAGUCAGGGGAAACUGGUGACAUGGACAGCAUUGGCCAGUGGUCAGCAGAGAGAACAUGACCUGCCGAUACCGACCAGUGGUGCUAAUCAACCAUAUUGUAGGAGAUCAGUUGACAGAUAUUACGUCAUAUUUAGAGUCUAAUAUGAUCUUUAAAGAAGCGGAUAUAACGACAGCUAUCCAAUGGAAUAUUACUUAAGAACAAAUGCAGUGUUUGCAUUAAAAAAGUACAAUACCACUCAAUGUCAUGUAGCAGAUUCAACCUGGACCUGAUAUUUCAUCCAUGCACACCAAAAAGAUCUGUGUCAUAAUACUGUCUUUUGAAAAAACAAUCUUUUACAACAUGCUGACAUACAAAAAAACCAUUUUGAGAGUAACCGGAUUUCGUAUUUACAAUAACGCGCUUACUUUUGGUGACGUUGCAGUUCAUAGUAUAGACGCCGGUGACGGUUAUAUUUCUGUGAUUUGUAUCCAUCACAUUCAACCACGUUGUUCAACACAGAUGUUUGUUGAAGUGUUUGAGCUAAAUUCCUCCUCUCUGCGGAAGACAAUCUUUUACUUCGCCGAUUGCAAACUAUAAGGCUAGCAAAACACCUUGGCUGUGAACCAUCUCAGAAGACACUGUCGUAUGCAAAAUGUCACAUAAAGCCACUCAUAUCAUUUGCUGAAAACCAAAGUACAUGAUCCUAAUUAGUUACAUGUAAGUUAACAUUCUUACACUUUAAUGCCGGGGUCGAAAACUUGGGGCUUUUUAUCAGCGACAAAUACCCAUUUAAAAAGGAUGAACAUAUAUUCCCAACGCUCACUAUGGUUUGCUUUACUCCAUAGAUGAAUACAAGGAGUACUCGUUAUCUGCACUUUUGACGUUUAUGCUUUUCGAACUCUUCUCAACUGUAUAGUAAAUUGACAGAGAAAUUUCUGUUGAUAAAAAAUUCUGAGUUUGACGUGAACCGUAUUCAAACUACAAGAUGCACUUUUACUGUUGGUCGUAAGAACAAAACAUCAAAACACCACGGAAAAAUUCUAUCCGACCACAAAAUAUAGAACCAUAAACUCAUUGGAGAUGAUGUAUCAACAAACUUUUCUCACAAUAUCCAGAACUUUCAAAACGCCAUAUAACAGAAAGGGAAGAGGGCCUAAAACAAGCGAACUUUGUUGUAUUAUUCAAACACAAACUGCCGGUCACUAAAUCAACCAAUCGAGGUCGUAUCAACAAAGAAGAGGUAACGUUAGCAAGAGGUUGAUUUAUUUUAUGGCCUACCUCUCAUUUCAAUCUCAAUAAAUAAACGGAUUUCUGUGCGUCGGAAGGUCAACAAUAAAACGUCUGCUUUUAGUCUGUCGGGGUAGGAGUUCAGAAUGAGAGGUUAAAGUAUUAAGAACUAAUUGUUUUUUCAGUGACCCUACAGUAUCAUGUACUGCAAAUUGCCAAGUCGGACAGUUUUUAGGAUUAUGAAGAUAAAUUUUCAGUCGCCGUAAUUUUUUGUGAUGGAUACGUCCUUGUGAUUUGACAUUACUUGUUUUUCAACCUCAAUAAACAUCUAUACGAUUUGCCGUUUGUGAAGAACGCACUUCGGUCUUCACAGAUCAUAAUAAAGUUGAACAUGGCGAUCCUUUUCUCCAACUAGUUUUUAAUUCUGUCUACAUUAGUAUAUCUAUAUAUAUGGCAUGUUCUAAAUUUGUUUCCAUAUUAUAAAAUAUCCAUGUACGUCACAAUACAACUCAGUUGCAUAUCUCCCUAUAGUAAUCCCUGUAAAGUAAUUUUAAGUUUGAUAUUGUCCGUAAAAUCGCAUGCUUAACGUAACUUGGAGCUACCUUAAAAAUGAAUUACUAUUCUCGUUUGUUCGAUCUCUAUUGGUUACCUUAAGGAACAAAUCGAACCUGAGAGGAUUAACCACCCUGAAAUUGCAUGGAAUCAUACCAUCUCGUCGAGCCAAUUGAGAUCAAGGCAUAACAUACUCGAAACCCAUCUCUGAUGUUCACAUAUUGAGUGAAUUAGGUAGCUCCAAAAAUGCCCUGAUAUGGCUGAGUGUGUGGGAGAGCUCUUUUUAUCGCUCGAAAUGCACUCACAUGGCCACGCGUAUACGGGCACUGGUCUUUCGUGGAGGGGCUGUAGUGGCAUUGGACCAUAACCAGAUAAUCUUCAAAGCUGAACACAGAACUACUCGGAAAAUAGAUAUUCAAUAUUUAACGCGGAGAAAUACCUAACGAUGGAAAAGGCAGAAACAAUGACUUGAAUGAAUAGAGGUUGAUCGAAUGGCAUGGCGCGGCCACGCAGGCGUGGCCCCUGCUAUCUUAUAUCUUUUACUCGUACCAAAUAUAUUGUCCUAUCUCUAGCCUUAGCUUGUUCUACAUCAUGUAUUGGUAAUUGUUAUGAUGCAAUGAGUUUGUGUAGACGAUGAUGUAACUUCCACGUAAGAUCUUAUAGAUUAGGCAGUUAUAUCAUGACAAAUCUACAAUUCUAGGAUUAGGCCUAUUAUUCGAGCAGUACUAGUAUCAUAGUAUACCAUAGUUCUACAGGGUUACUGGUGGAUACGGAGGAUUAAUCUCGGAGAGUUUGAAAACCUCGAUUCCAAACCAAUGGUGCACAUGAUCUACAUGAUCCUGAGGGAAGAAAUGGCGUAUACAUUUAUUUUUGGUCACCGGCUACCAUGUGACUGCAUUUUCUGACGUUGCUCCACUACCUUGUAGAUCAGACGACUAGGGGAGUGACCUCCUAAGGAAAACAUCUGCUUCGGUUUGAGCGUCCGGGCAGUAUACCAGACCUCACACA